AAGAGCAUGGAGAAAGAGUGGGCAAGUGACGUCUCAUUACGUCAUAAUAAGAAUCCACCUCUUAUGCCCUUUACUACUCAACACUAAACUAACCGGAACUUGGUCUUGGGUUCACAUUUGUUCAUACUCGCCUUCUCUGAAGUUAAAUUAAAAUACAGACACCACUUUCCAUGUUUUAUGCGAUUAGAGUUAUUCCAGAUACAGCGCGAUGAAGUUGUUAUCAAGUUUAUGCCUGUUUGUUGUUUACAUCUUAUUAAAAAAAUCUGAAGGAAAGAUCGUGUAUCUUAAUGGUACAGAAGUAUAUAAUGGUCGGCCGAAAGCUGGAAAUAUUACGAUCCCCUCUCAGAGAUGGAUUAGUGUUUUUAAUCCAAGGAAUAUAAGUAAUCAUUCUGGCCUUGAUUCAAAGCCUGUGUCGCUCACAGUUCAUAGAAAAAAUGACGAGGAAAAAGUAGAAGAAAACAAAAAAGUAGAAGAAAUUAAGAAAGAUGAAGAAAUUAAAAAUAAUGAAGGAGAACAGACAUCGAAUACAAAUUUGACAACAAGAUCAGCAAGGGCACUUGGCUUAUUUUAUCUUCAGCGAAUAAUGUCUGGACUUCAUAUUUUGGCGCUAUUGGCGGGCAUUUAUCUUAUGAUAUUCGUCGUUGAGCCCGUUGCAGUACCACAACAUUUACUGUCUCAGCAUUAUUAUGGUCUACCUUGGAGUGCAGAAAGGAGCGAUAUUAUCAAAGCUAAAAUGCCUUCAAUACUUCAAGAAAUUCCUGACAAUACCCUUUUUCAAGAAACUGAAGCACAAAGAAAAGACAGCCCUUACCAGGUAUCUGAUGGAAAUAGAUUUUCUAAGUUAUCACAAAAAGGAAACUAUAGCUACAUGGGUAGUUUGGAUCACGUGACAACACACUUAAAGAGGUUAGAUAGAUUGAACUCAAACUCAGAAAAUAAGCCGGCGAUAAACAGAGGUCCUACUUUUGCCUCUGAAAACUCGCACAAGCAAGCCAAUAACAGAACAACAAUUCAUACUUGGCAUAACUGGACACCCAGGCAAUAUUCUAAACAGGAUACAGACAAUGGUAAAGAGAGAAGGAUACCCCCGACGUUUCAAACGAUCCCAACAAAUAAGAAUAUUUUAAGUGAAAGUGUCAAUAAAGAAAAGAAAUUCAACUCAAGAGGAAGUGCAGUAUCAAUACAACUUUCAAAGGUGAAUCACAAGACAGAUUAAAAUUUACGACGACCGAAUAAAUGUAAACAAGUAGGAAAAUAAGUAACAAGUAUGUACCAAUAAUGCAAACGAGUAUGACUGUACAAAGGAGAAAUCUUUCCUCAAAAAGUUAUUUUGCCUUUUUUGUUUCUUAUUUACCGAUUACUUAAUAAGACUUCAUAUGUUGUUAUAUAGGAUGACCUAUUUCUUGUAAUAAGUUUUCUAAUAACAAACAGUAUUGUGUUCAGAAUUUAGAAAUACUUUAAAUUUGUUAAAUCUUAUGGGUGCUUCAGAAAAUGUGUUAAAUGAACAUGAUUUUUGUUUACUUAAGUCCAAACCUUUAUCAUAUUUUAUGAUAAAUGAUAAAAGAUAAUUUUUUUAAACAACUUUUUUGAAAUAGCUAUCAUAUGGAGUUCAUCACACAGGUGAGUUUAAAGUCGUGUGCAUCAAAAUAUUAUGAUACUUAAAAUUAACAGAUAAGAAUUUAAAUUUAAAUUAAAUAUCACAGAGUUCAGCUGCUGGCUUUUAUUUUGAUUUUUAACUUAGGCGUGGUAAAAUAAAUGUUCAAAAUAUUGAUCUUUCGUGAAUACCAGAACGUGUUUUUUGUACAUAAUUUUUUAAAAUAACCUUUGGGAGCUACAAUACAAUAUACGUUCGAAAGGCCAUUCUUCUGGUUCAAAUCCGGAAUGCCACCUUUCUUAAACUCUAUUGUCCUUUUUUUAUGCUUUUUGUAAGCGAACGUAGACACUUCGUUUCAAAUUCUUCCAGUUUUUCCAGGCCACCUUUGAAUUACUGAAAACUGAUACAUCAAUAUACUUCUUGCGAAACUCUUCAAUGACGUGAGAAUAUGGCACUUAAGCAAAGUAACACUCCAACAAAAUAAACGACUUCCUCUGUUUCUGGGAAAACACUGCGUAGCAGUCUUGAAAGACAAACGCUUCUCGAAUAAUGAAUCCACUGUUUCUGGUAAAACAUACUAAUAUCUGCUGUUUCAGGUAAAACUUCCUGAUAUCCGCAGUUUCUAGUAAAAACAUUUCACCGUCUUGAACAACAAAUACUUUUGAAAUAAUGAAUCUGCUGUUUCUGGUAAAACAGCCAAAUAUCCCCUGUUUCUAGUUUAAAAAAACGAUAUUCGCUGUUUCUGGUUAACCAUCCUAAUAAUCGCUUUUAGUGGUAAAACAUAAUGAUAUCUGCUGUUUCUAGUAAAACAGCAUGUCUUCUCUAACGACAACAUUUCGCAAAUAAUUUAAUCGGGUUAUCACCGAUACCGAUUAAAAUAGAUUUGAAACUAUCUGAAUCUGUUUCUAGUAAAACAGCAUGUCGUCUCUAACAACAAACAUUUCUUAAAUAAUUUAAUCGGGUUACCACUGAUACUGAUUGAAAUAGAUUUGAAACAAUCUGAAUAAUCAUCUACCAAAAGGAAAUCAAAAAUCAAUAAGUUUUUGCUAAAUUAAAGGCUGUUAGACUUCAUAGCGAAUCACUUUAAACUCACCCUGUAACAGCCGUUCAAAUAACAGUAAUUUUAAAAAGUAGAAUGAAUCAUGCAGUGCGCAAUAAAAAAAAACGGACUACCCUGAAUAACUUACGAUUUAAUGACCUUACCGUUUCGCGAUGGUGACUUUAAAUAUGCUAAUUAUAAUUAGUACAGGUGAUAUUUUCACUCUUUUUUUUUAUUACAUAAGGUAAAAAGUUUUGAAAUUUGUGUACGUAAAUGUAUACAUCUUACAAUAUUUAUCUUUAUAUACAUCAUAAAAAUGUAUAUCAAAUUGAAUCUCUAACAUUAUAUUUCAAUGCAUUUAAUUUAUGUAUUUAUUUAUUUCUCGUUUAUAAACCUUUUUCGGUUUUAUAUAUUUAUAUAUAUUAAUUUAUUUACUAAACAUGUAGUUUUACUGAACGUUAUAUAUUUCCUGUACCUGUGAAUGUUAUGCAUUAUUCUUAAAUGUAAAAACAUGUUUAACUGCUUAUCUAACCAAAAAAUACUUAUUUUGACACUACUUACACUAGUCAUUUCUUACUUUUAAAUGGUGCCUGUGAUAUUCUACUACGAAUUUAAUUGAAUUAAUCAAAUUCCUUUUUAAUCACUUUUUAUGAUAUAUAUGCAUAUUUAAUUAGAGAAAAGAUGACGAGCUUCGAACAAUUUUAGAGACUAAGAUUGCAAUAUUUUCAUAUCACAUUCAAAUAUCUUUAAUAUUGCAAUUCAAAUCGAACAUGGAUCUGAAAUUAAAUUCAUUAGAAGUAGGUUUAUUAUUGAAGUUUACACUUGUUACACUAAUUGCUUGAGUUCAUUAAUGUGUUUUAACGUUAUAAAAUUUAAGGCAUUUCCUUACAAAACAAUAAAAUAAUGAAUCCCUUUCAGUAAUAAAUUUAAUUUUAAAACGGGGAUAGAUUCUUACCAAAAAGGUUACUAAAGUACUACUUUAGAUAGAUUCUUACAUUACUAAAAUAAAAAUGAUACCAAAUAAAACUGUAAGAUAACAACUUAAGCAGAUAACAGAGUAAGCAGAUAAGGCAGUAAGCAACUAACUAAAGCAGUAACUAAAGCAGAUAAAGCAGUAAGCAGAUAACAACUAAAAGUAAAAGUAAGUGUAAAGUAACUUUAACUCAUUAAAAAUUUCGUUGCAAUAUUUUAAUUAAUCUUUUAUUAAAAAAUGUUUUUAAUAAAAAAAAAACUGUUUUUAAUGUUUGAUUUGUAUUUGAAACGUCAUGUACAAGGUGUUCCGUAAUCACUGCCCCUUAUAAAUAUUUUUAGACUCUUUGCAAAAAUCUGAAGUUAGAAAGCUUUACACAUUAGGAAACGUAAGUAACAAUAAAACGUUAACGAGAAAGUCGGAAUUUCAAAAAAAUCAAAACUUAUUUGAUUACCUGAGGAAAUUGGAUAUGAGAAAAUAUUAAUUACAUAGUUCCUCAUGUAUCAAACAGCCUUCCAACUGUUCUUAACCAUUUUAAACCCACCUUUCGACAUAGAUAUUCGAUACAUUUAUAACGAUUUUAGUUUUUUGCUUGCUUUAUUGGACCCUUAAUGUGUAGGUCUUUAUUUUGACUUCCACAAAGAUUCUAAAAAUAUAUUUCAAGAACUGUGGUUAUAGAAAUGCCAGGUAUUUGCACACAAAUAUUACUAAGAAAAUAUUUUCCGACUUUGAUUGUUUAAAUUUAAGUACUAAGAUAUAAACUUAAUUUUAAAAAAAAACAUGCAUCGUAAAAUAGAGACCUUAGAUCUUAGAGUAAUUUUUGAGAAAAACUUUUUUUUAACAAAAACAAAAUGAAUUUCCUGUGUUAAUACCAUUUGAUAACACACACUUUGGCUUAUAUUUUUUUAAUUUAUAAAGCAUUUAAUUCGCUUUUUUAAAAAAUAUUUUUGAUAUAAAUAAAUACCGGCUCAAACCUCUUUUUUUCAAAAAGGCUUGACCACAGUAAAAAGGUAUAAACCAUUUUUGAAAAAAAUAGAAUGCUUUUCAACAAAGUAACAAUAAAAGUAACGAUAAUUCUUGAUUAAAA